GGUAUUUUCGGGACUUUCCUGAGCUGCUCUAACUUUCCUGCCCUCCCAGCCCCCGACUGCCUACGGCUCUCUGACUCUCCCCAUUCCAGCCCGGCAGGAGGAGGGACCCUCUGUCCCUCACCCUCAGACUCCUGGCUGCCCCCAUAGACCUGGCCUGAGGGUGCCCCUCCACACCCACAAGCACAGGUAGGAGCCUUGACGGUACAGCGGCAGCAGAAGCUGGACAGAGCCCAGCUCUAAAACAUGGACGAUUGCUAUGGCCCAGGUCUGGAUGGUAUUAUUGAUUAUGAAGAUUUCCGAUUCAACUCCCCAGUCUCAGAUCGAAGAGAACUCACAGAGGAGACAGGUGAGGGUCCCUACCUGGUAAUCGUGGAACAACCCAAGCAGCGUGGCUUCCGUUUUCGCUAUGGCUGUGAGGGUCCCUCUCAUGGGGGGCUGCCCGGAGCCUCCAGUGAGAAAGGUCGUAAAACAUACCCUACAGUUAAGAUCUGUAACUACGUGGGACCAGCCAAGAUCGAGGUGGACCUGGUCACACACAGCGAUCCACCCCGUGCCCAUGCCCACAGCCUGGUGGGAAAACAGUGCACAGAGCUGGGAGUUUGCGUGGUGUCUGUGGGACCCAAGGAUAUGACGGCCCAGUUUAACAACCUGGGAGUCCUGCACGUGACCAAAAAGAACAUGAUGGAGAUCAUGCUGCAGAAGCUUCAGAGGCAGCGCCUCCGCUCUAGACCCCAAGGUCUCACAGAGGCUGAACGGCGGGAGCUGGAGCAGGAGGCCAAAGAACUGAAGAAGGUGAUGGAUCUUAGCAUUGUCCGGCUUCGCUUCUCUGCCUUCCUUAGGGCCAGCGAUGGCUCCUUCUCACUCCCCCUUCCACCAGUCAUCUCCCAGCCCAUCCAUGAUAGCAAAUCCCCUGGGGCUUCCAACCUGAAGAUCUCACGCAUGGACAAGACGGCGGGAUCUGUUCGGGGUGGGGACGAGGUUUAUCUUCUCUGUGACAAGGUACAGAAAGAUGACAUUGAAGUACGCUUCUACGAGGAUGACGAGAAUGGCUGGCAAGCCUUUGGAGACUUCUCCCCCACAGACGUUCACAAACAGUAUGCUAUUGUGUUCCGGACACCCCCUUAUCAUAAGAUGAAGAUCGACCGUCCGGUAACGGUCUUCUUGCAACUAAAGAGGAAGCGAGGAGGGGAUGUUUCGGACUCUAAACAAUUCACCUACUACCCCAUGGUGGAAGACAAGGAAGAGGUUCAGCGGAAGCGGCGGAAGGCCCUACCUGCCUUUUCCCAGCAUUUUGGAGAUGGUUCCCACAUGGGUGGAGCUGGAGGAGGUUCAGCUGGAGGCUAUGGAAAUGGAGGAGGAGGUGGUGGUCUCAGCUUCUUUCCCACGUCCUCCCUGAACUACAGCCUGUACUCUACGGGGGCUGCCCCAGUGGGCAGUUAUUCUGGGGGGGCAGGAGUUCAGAUGUCUGGAGAGAGCGAGGGUGCAACUGAUGGUGAGGGGGAAAAGCAGACACACCCUGGUUCCCCUGGCCGUCCCCCACCCCAAGGAUCUCAGGCCUUGAAGAUGCUAUGGGAAGCUCGGCAAUACAACCUGGGCAUGUUCGGCCUUGCCCAGCGCAGUGCCCAGGCUUUGCUGAACUAUGGGGUGACCGCGGAUGCCCGAACCCUCCUGGCUGGGCAGUGCCAUCUGCUGAGGGCCCAGGAUGAGAACGGAGACACCCCUCUACACUUGGCCAUCAUUCAUGGGCAGACAAACGUCAUUGAACAGAUGGCGCACGUCAUCUUCCGUGUCCCCCACCUCGGUAUCGUUAACCUCACCAACCACUUGCACCAGACGCCCCUUCAUCUGGCCGUGAUCACAGGGCAGAGCCAAGUGGUCAACUUCCUACUGGACAUGGGUGCAGACCCCACCCUGCUGGACAGACACGGAGAUUCUGCCCUCCACCUGGCACUCCGGGCAGGAAAUCCUGUUCUCCUGCAGGCCCUCCUUUGCCAUGCAGGGCUGGCUCUUCCCCAAUUGCUGCUCAUGCCCGAUUAUGAGGGCCUGUAUCCGGUGCACCUGGCAGUGCGUGCCCACAGCACAGAGUGCCUGGACCUGCUGGUCAGCAGCGGGGCUGACGUUGAGCUGGUAGAGCGGCAGGGUGGGCGCACUGCCUUACACCUGGCCACGGAGGCAGAGGAGCUGGGGCUGGUCAGCCACCUCAUCACCAAGCUUGGUGCCAAUGUGAAUGCCCAAACUUUCGCUGGAAACACCCCCUUGCACCUUGCAGCUGGGCUGGGCUCCCCGACCCUCACCCGCCUGCUCCUCAAAGCCGGAGCCGACGUACAGGCCGAGAACGAAGAGCCCCUGCACCCACUGCCCUCCCCACCAAACUCAGGCAGCGACUCGGAGUCAGAGGGAGCUGAGGAAGGAAGCAGAAGGAACUACCGUGGUCACACCCCCCUGGACCUUACCCGGAGUGCCAAGGUUAGGAUGCUGUUGCUGAAGGCUGCCCAGGAGACCACAGAGCCGCCCCUGACCCCGCCAAGUCCCACAGGCCCAGGACUGUCCCUGGGGGCUGCGGCCUUGCAGGGCCUGGAACGGCUGUUGGACGGACCAGGAGGUGGAGGAGACUGGGCCGAGCUGGCCGAGAGGCUGGGGCUACGCAGCCUGGUGGACACGUAUCGCAGUACGGCCUCUCCCAGCGGCAGCCUGAUCCGGAGCUACCAGCUGGCUGGAGGGGACUUGGCUGGGCUACUGGAUGCCCUGGCUGCCAUGGGGCUGGAUGAGGGCGUGCGGCUCCUGCAGGGCACGGAGCCCAGGGACAAGCUUCCGAGCACAGAGGUAAAGGAGGACAGCGCGUAUGGCAGCCAGUCUGUGGAGGAGGAACAGGAGAAGAUGAGCCUGGGCCCCACACCCCCCGGGGAGCUCCCCCACAGGCACCCCGAGGAGCAGGUGCACUGAUCCCAGCCAUGCCCACAGCCUGGGCAACACUUCAUCCAGCCCCGUGCCUGCUCCCAGAGGUGCCUGCUGUACAGAUCCCCUCCCCUGUGCCCAUGCCCUUAUUUAAUGCCCUGAUUGAUCUUUUGAUCCUGAUGAAUAAAGGUUGGGGGGCCGGGGCCCCCCUCCCCCACCCA